UACAUUUGACAUUCGUUUUAGUUCGGGUAAUUUCCCCUCUUGAAAUAAAUGUUCAUGUAUUUUACUGUGUGCGCCGCUAUGCAGCAAAUUUUUACUGAUAGUAUUACUCCAAAGGAAGUUUAAUCUGAAUAUUAUCACUUUUAUCAUUUGGUGUCUGUGUGUGCAGUAGUGCAGUAUACAAUACUGGUAGUGUAUCAAUCAAGAAAUUACGUUGUAGUUUCAACCAAACACUUCGUACAACAUGAGUCUCUCAGAUCCAUCAGACGAUGAGUCCAGCAGCGAUGAGAGUUCCGUUCCGGCAAAGCGGCCUAGAGCGGAUACAUACGGUGCAUCUUCUACAACUUCCCAGGGAUCAAUUCUUCAAGAAGAAUCUGAUGAUGAACCAGCCGAUGGGGCACGCACCGGCUUCGGGACUAAUAUACCCAACAGUUCAAAUAAAAGUUUAAGUUACAUAGAACAGAGCCCUCAUAAUGAUAUAAGGCUGAGCCGCAGUAGCCUCAGUGAAAAUUGUUCUUCUCCAAGUGACCAUUAUGAUGAUUACCGAACCAGUUUUGAUGAGGAGGCUGAGGACGGUUCACGUCGAGCUAGUUUCCAGGAUACUGACAAUGUUGCUAAAAAUUCAAACUCUUCCAAUCCAUCCCAUAAUUCUAAGGGAGGGUUUUCUGACAAAAUCAAACACAUGAUGAAUAACAUGGGAUAUAAAGCAGGAAAGGGUUUGGGUAAGUUUGAGCAUGGUCGCACGGAACCUGUGGAAGCAUCAACUCAGAAAGGCAGGAGGGGCUUGGGUCUGAAGUCAUCUACUGUGGGCAGUGUUCCGAGAGAUUUUAAAUGGUCACCAGAUGAUGCUAAACCUGAAGCAAAAGAAAAAGUGAUAUGGAUGCCUCCGGGAGCAGAACCAUUGUCUGGUGAUUUAUUGGAAGAAUGGCUUCAAAAAGGACCUAAAAAACUUACUAUUGAGGACGAAACUGAAUUUGUAGAUCCCCAAAUAUUAGCUGGUGUCCUGAAUGCAAAGACAAUAUUUGAUACAUUGGAUGAUGAAGAUCUCAGAAAUGCAAGAUUUCGCAGCAAUCCUUAUGAAACUAUAGGUUCAGUUAUAUUUUUGAAUAGAGCUGCUGUAAAAAUGGCUAACAUAGAUGCUCUUUUUGACUUUAUGUUUACUGAACCUAAGACUCAAACAGGAAAACCAGCUCUAGACAGGGAGUUGUUAUAUUUUGCUGAUGUCUGUGCUGGCCCUGGAGGUUUCUCAGAAUAUGUUCUGUACAGAAAAGGGUGGAAGGCUAAAGGAUUUGGUUUCACUCUAAAAGGUGGUAAUGACUUCAAGUUGUCAGACUUUCAUGCUGGUACACCUGAGACCUUCAAUCCUUAUUAUGGAGUGGAAAAUGAUGGUAAUGUUUUCAAUCCUGAAAAUUUAACAGCACUGAAAGACUAUGUGCUGAAACAAACUGAUGACAAAGGAGUCCACUUUCUAAUGGCUGAUGGUGGGUUUUCAGUGGAAGGCCAAGAGAAUAUUCAAGAAAUCUUGUCCAAGCAGCUAUAUCUAUGUCAGUGUCUUGCGGCAUUGAUGCUUGUAAGAACCGGUGGCCAUUUUGUUGUUAAACUAUUUGAUGUGUUUACACCCUUUAGUGUGGGUUUGAUUUACAUUAUGUACAGAUGUUUUGAUAAAGUAUGCAUCCACAAACCUGUGACGUCACGACCAGCGAACUCCGAAAGAUAUCUAAUCUGUCUAUGGAAGCGUCUGGGCACGGAGUCAGCGGAGCAGCACCUGUAUAACGUGAACUCCAUCUUGUGGGACGGCCGUGACCGCGGCGGCGACGACGUGAUGGACCUGGUGCCACUUAAUAUUUUACAGGAAGACACUGGAUUCUAUGAGUACAUGUUUAAAAGUAAUUGCCUCAUUGGUGAAAAGCAAAUUAAAAACUUGCUUAAAAUAGCAGAGUUCAGUAAGAACAAAGAACUUAAGGAAACUUCGCAAGCUGAAAUCAGAGAGGAGUGUUUAAGAUUAUGGAAAUUGCCUGACAAAUUGCGGACACAGACCGAGAGGCUGGGCCCUGAAGAAACUCUCUCAAGUAUUCUGGCCUUGAUGAAGAAACGGCCAAAGGAGGCACACAGCUCGCACGCGUUCAAGAGUGCAGUGCUAAAUAAACCUCCACAUUUGUUGGAGGAGUCAUCUGAUCUAGAUACUUUUAAGAAUGUCUAUGACUGGCAUUUUUACUUUUUAAGCAAUGGGAAAAAUAGCCCGGACUUGAGGUUUUUUAUAGGCUGUGGAGGCAAACAAGUACAUCAACUAGAAGGGACGGGAUGGAAGAGCGUAGUUGAUUUACAUCUUACUUUGCCAGCUAAAACAUUACUUUAUGGAGAGAUUGUGAAGGAGUACCGAGGACUGGGUAACAAUCAGAUGUUCAGCAAAGCUCUUCACGUGAUCGAUGCUUUGAUGCUCGGAGGAACUGAUAUCUCAUAUUUACCUCUAUCUGAAAGAAUCCAUCAGUGCGGCUUAUUCUGCGCGGCACUUGACAAGCCCUACGAUAAAAGCAACGCGCUGCCGAUCAAAUGCAAACGGCUGUUCAACAUGGAGGACUUCCCGACCGUCAUCAACAACCUGGAGUGCCGCGCCAUGAAGCGGGUCCGGAGAGCCCUGACAAUGGACAUACCGGACCGGAUCACUAAUAUGGAAAUGUUCCAUGUUGUUGGAUCUGUGCUCUUCGUUAAAGAGAUAAGAGAACCAUGGCAAGCGCACAUUUCAAAAAAAUGCGGCCGAAAAUACUACUUCGGAAUCGGCAAGGACAAAAAGCCUUUGAGCUUCUUCCAUAUCGUAGAAGAGGCAGGUCUGGACUUAGUCGAGGCUUACACGCAGCGCGUUAUGUGGAACUGGGAGGAGGCAGCGUGCGCCAUCUUUGAAGGACUGCCGCACAGAGGUCUCACUCGAUCGCAGUUGGAGGGCUUCAUAGAACAUAAGACUAAAAGAUGAUUUAAUAAUGUAAUUAAAUAUGAAGUUCCUGUA